CGCGCAGCAGAUGCUGCUGGUAGUACUCCUGAAAGACACCGAUGGCGUUGAUCCAACCAAAGGUGACAAAGAAGGCGCACCAGCAGCCCAGGGUGACGAGCCAGGCACGGGUGCCGCCGUCUGGGGGCUGGGCGAGCGGCUUGGCUUCCUGUUGAGGGUGCGACAUGGUGGGCUGGGGUGGUGGGGAACUGCGAGAUGGCUGUCGAUUGCAUCUUUAAGAAGAUGCUCUCGGCCACUCGGCCUGGCGGGAGAGCGACGCGCGACGGGGUUAAAGCAUCCAAGGUCCGGUGGCGGCGGCGGCGGCUUGAUGCAAGAGUCGAUGCGGCUGAGAGGCGGCAGAAAUACCCCCAACCAUACCCUUCCCAUUCCACCACACUCGCCAUGAUGCCGCAGCAGAGGACACGACGGCGACCGUGGACUUCGGACGAGGACGCGGCCUUGCGCUUCGCCGUGGCCCAAAGCACGGGGCCGGUGAGUUGGCUGGACGUUGCCAGCCAAGUGCCCGGGCGCAACAACAAAGAAUGCCGCAAGCGCUGGGUGUACCAGCUGAGCGUUCCCUCGCGCAAGGGUACGUGGGACGCGGCCGAAGACGAGCGGCUGCGCGAGGCCAUCCAGCAACACGGCCUCCGAUGGGCUUCAGUGGCCCAGCACGUCGCAACGCGCCAGCCCGACCAAUGCGCGCGGCGCUGGCACGAGUGCAUCAAGCCCGGCAUCAACCACGGCCCUUGGUCGCUUCUCGACGACCAGAUGCUGGACGAAGCCGUGGCCCUCUACGGCAACAAGUGGACCGAGAUAGUCCAGCGCUUCUUCCCCGACCGUACCCCGCUAGCCGCAAAGAGCAGGCACAAGCAGCGAUUCCAGCAGCGCGACCAGCAGCGCGACCAGCAGCGCGGCCAGCAGCGCGACCAGCAGCGCGACAGGCAACCGGAUCUGCUGUGGUUGGUGCCCGAUCACACGCAGCCCUUUACGAAUACCGGGUGGUGAAGUUUAGCUACGGCAGGGACGGAGCCGGCCAUGGCGCUAGCGGGGCUAGCGGGGCUUAGCGGGUUUUAGCGGGCUUUAGCGGGCGUGACCUAUGGACAUAAAUAAAUAUAAAUCCAACCUAAAGCCUCGCCUCUUC